AUGAGUCUCUCCUACCCUGACCCUAUUCAAUUCAGACCCCGGCGCUGGGGCGAUCCACAGAUUCCCAGUCCUCUCACACAAAAGGGCCAAUUCAGCGCUCGAGAUGAAGUGAAAAACCUUCAAGGGGCUGGCGCCUGCGCCUUGUGGGAAUCUUCAGAAUCCCACCCCGUCGUGGGGUGCCGGGAGAGCCCCCAAGUUUACUGUCAUCAUAUUCAGAUACGAUUGGUGGAUGGUGGAAGUCGCUGUGCUGGAAGGGUGGAGUUGCUUUCCAAUGGAACCUGGGGAACUGUGUGUGAUGACUCCUGGGAUUUAGCAGAUGCCCAAGUUGUCUGUCGACAGCUGAAAUGUGGACAGGCUCUAAAUGCAACGAUUUCCAGUUGGUUUGAUCCAGGAGUGGGACCUAUCUGGUUAGACAAUGUGAAGUGUCGAGUGAAUGAUUCUGUUUUGUGGCAAUGUCCAGCAGGAUCUUGGGGUGAGACUGACUGCAACCAUAAAGAAGAUGCUGGAGUUAUCUGCUCAGAGCACAGGGCUAUGAGGCUGCAGGAUGGAGCGAACCACUGUCAGGGCAGAGUCGAGGUUUUGUAUAAUGGAACCUGGGGGACUGUUUGUGCUGAUUCAUUUGGAAUAAAAGAAGCGGAAGUUAUAUGUAAACAGCUCGGGUGUGGAUCUGCCCAAUCUGUGGAAGGUGCUCUUACAUUUGGAAGCGGUUCUGGACAGAUCUGGCUCGAUGAUGUGAGCUGUCGUUUGCACGAUACACUCCUGUGGCAAUGUCCAUCUUCACCAUGGGGCAAACAUGAUUGCAACCACCAGGAGGAUGUCGGAAUCAUUUGUUCAGGUAAGAACUGCAAACGGAAGUUGCGGCUGGCUGCGGGAUCGAACAACUGCUCGGGAAGAGUUGAAAUAUUUUUCAGUGGGACAUGGGGAACGGUUUGUGAUGAUUCCUGGGACAUGCAUGAUGCCGCUGUCGUCUGCAGACAAUUAAAUUGCGGCGAGCCGGUCUGGGCUGUGGGAAAGACACUAUUGGACCAAGCAAACGGCAUAAUUUGGAUGGACGAGGUUCAGUGCAAGGGGAGUGAACUCUACCUAUGGGACUGCCAAUUGUCAGCAAUGGGGGAUCAUGACUGUGAACAUAAAGAGGACGUCAACGUGAUAUGUUCCGGCCAUCAGAAGCACACAACACCCUUCAACCAGCAGAGGGCCUUUAUCUUCAUCAUCCCUUGCGUAUUUGUUGUCCUUUUGAUUGCUGUUUCACUUGCUUUGGCCGCAGAAUUGCAGAGAAGCUUCGAAAAAGCCAACAGGAACAGACAACAUUACAGCACUGGACUUCCUGAUCAUGUUUAUGAAGAGAUUGAAGUUCAGGACCUUGGAACAGGGACAAAUUCGCUUACUCUUUUUGGUAAUGAAUUUGAAAGACAAUUUGAUGAUAUUCAGUAA